GCGGGAACGCGAGGUGUGAAGUUGUGUGAUUUGUUUUAUUCUGUCUAUUUAGUAUUUCUUCAGGUUUAAAUGUGUAAUAAGGGUGGUUUAUUAACUGUUUAGUAUUAGUGAAAGUGCACAAAUGUGAGAAAAUGAAACAAAGCCGCUAAGCGUAACUUCUCGGGAUCCUCCAAAAAGUACACUGUAAAAGUUUCAGUAAAUGACCACCAUUUUAGAGAUUAUAUUUCAUUUCAGUUCGUUUCGUUUCGUUUUAUUUCAUUUCAUUUCUUGCCAUGUUUCUAAUCACUUCAGUUUAUUUCAUAAUAUCAUGUUUCAUACAAAAAAGUUUUCAUUAAAAUUAAAAUAGGACUUGACCUAAAGGUCUUAGUUACCAGGUCAUAAAAUCCCUUAAAAAAAGUGGUGUAAAGCAGAGGUUAUGAAAAUGUGUGAACUUCAAUAUUUAGUAUUGUUUACAUAGUUUAAUAAAUCUCAUAAAAAUAAAGAAAUGUUGUAUGACGAUUUUAAACCUAUCGUAGAUUUAGUACUCAAUAACUGGACAGCUUUACAACUAGCUGUUGAACAUGGUAUGGGAGCUCCAGGGGGCGAAAAGACGGCACAGUUAAUGGCAGUGUAUAUAGCAAGAUAUUGUGUUGAAAAUGUAGUGGAUAGAGAUGAGUUGGCUGAAGUGAUAGAAGAUCUCAUGGAUGAAGAGUUUGAUACUGUCUGCCAUGAUGAAUCUCCGAAAGAAAUAGCAAAUCUACUCAUACUUUACCUUACUUUACUAAAAGAGGGACAUCAUGAUGAGUUGAGAGCUAGGAUUGAGGCAAUGCCUAAAUGUCAGAAAUGGUUGAGUCAACCAAUACAUGAAUCAGUUCCUCCACAACACCAUGGCAACCCAGAUGAUGACACAACAAGCAGUAGCAGUGAAGAUGAAGAAGAAUUACCUGAAAAUGUAUCAAAUGUGGAUGAAAUAGGGAAGGACAAGCAAGAUUCUGAGCCUAUGGACGAGGACGUUGAACCUGGCUGGACCGUGGUUCGAACUAGGAGGAAAAAGUAGAUAAAGUAGAACAACAAUCGUUGAAAUAUUAGUCAAAUCAACAAACAUUUAUUUUGGAGUGUAAAUAUAGAAGUGCACACAUGCAAAAAAUUACAAAACUAUUGUUGAUAGCUUAUUUUAUAAUUGAGCAUGUUUGCAUAAACAAAAAAACUCAUUUAAUUCAUCAGCUAUAUGUGAAUGCUGUGUCACCUUAAAUUAGUCUAUCUAAAAGCCACAAAUAACUUAGAAUGUGAGACAUAUAUGUUUUUUAAUUUACUUGAGAUUACGAAAUUAUCAGUCUCUUAUGGAACAAAGGUUAAUAACAUAAAAAUUAUUAACAUGUUUCGAAAACAUUUUACCUGGAAUGUAACUUUCAUUGUCUAGAAACUGUUUGGUAGUAUUGAUUCAUAUUUGAUGUAGGCUUAAAUUAUAAAAUUUUUUUCAACAUUUAUUGCUUCUAAAAAGCAUAUGUAGUGCCUAAAGCCAGCAAUAUUUGUAGAGUAAGCACUAUCCACUACAAACAUAAGCAUAUCAGUAUGAGGCCAGUCUAAAGUUGUUUCAUGUUGUCCAAUUUGCUUAACAUGAGACAAAUGCCUAUGUGAGUGUCUUAUACAUACACAAAUGGUCUAUUGUGAUUAAUUAGUGUAGUUUCAAAUGUAACUAUUAUUUGAUGACUGCUAUCUUCGAUGAGCAAAUGUUGCUUGUCCUUAAUUAUCUUCAUUUAGCAAGUAGCUAAAUAAUCACAUACAUUUUGUUAACUUAAUACCCCUAUAAAUGUAUUUAUUUAUCUACAGAUGUUUGAAAUAAUAUGAAUCCGUUGGAAUAUUACAUUAUUUUCACAAUGUA